GUUGGGACUAAACCACUCCUCAAUAAAAACCUCCAUUCCUCCACGCCGUAAGAGCCCAUACCAAAGAGACGAUCAGUAAGAUGGGGAAACGAGCUCAACCCACGGAUGGACCCUUGAGCGGCGGCAUCGACAAAACACGCUCGGGACGUAACAGGUUUAACUGGCAUCUACAACCCGCACACCAAGGUCCCGCAAAAGUCGCUUGGAGGAAUCAUUUCGUCGCCAUGGUGGGCGAAUACGUCGGCACAGUCCUCUUCCUAUUCUUUGCCCUCGGCGGCACUAACGUCGCAAACAUCCCCAACGUCGGAACCGUGAAUGGGAGUAGCGUUAAUACCUCCAAUUUACUUUAUAUUUCGUUGAGUUUUGGGUUCUCGUUGGCUGUUAAUGCGUGGGUAUUUUUUAGGAUUAGUGGGGGGUUGUUCAAUCCUGCUGUCACCUUAGGAUUGGUUACGUCCGGAGUCCUCCAACCCCUCCGCGGCGUCUUCCUCACCUUCGCCCAAAUCCUCGGCGGCAUAACCGGCGCCGCUAUAAUCCAAGUCGUCCUCCCCGGCUCCCUCAACGUCCGAACCCAACUCGGAGGCGGAGCAACGAGAACGCAAGGGUUGUUCUUGGAGAUGUUCUUGACUGCGGAGUUGGUGUUUACGAUUCUCAUGCUUGCGGCCGAAAAGCAUAAAGCAACGUUCCUCGCUCCCAUCGGAAUCGGACUCGCGCUCUUUCUCGCUGAAUUGGUUGGGGUUUAUUAUACGGGUGGUAGCUUGAACCCCGCUCGCAGUUUCGGACCGUGUGUGGUAUUGCGCACCUUCGACUCUUACCACUGGAUUUACUGGCUCGGUCCAGCGCUGGGUGCGUUGCUCGCGAGCACAUUCUACAAAUUCAUUAAAUGGCUGCAAUACGAGGAAGUCAACCCUGAUCAAGACCUGGAUCAAGAGGAGAUUGAUAAUAAGCGUAUGGCGUCACAAUUCCUCGCCGAACACCCCGAACUGUCUCCGGAAAACAGUCAAGUGCUCGCCGCACACGCAAUGGGGGCGCCCCACGCCCCGGGCGCCGGUGCUGACCUCGAUGGACAGACGGAGGGCGAGAGCGAAGGGAAGGGAAGUUCGGUCCCGACGAUGGGGAUUCAGGGACCAGGCAUGAUGGACCUCCUCACGAAAGGGAAUCCGGCUGAUGUGCUUGAUUUACCGUCUGCGACGCAUGCUUCUGCUGGUGGUUUCACUGGGGAGCAGGUUGGGGGGAUUAGUACGAGUCGGCCUAGUACGCGGCAGCGGGCUUCUUAUCGUUCGGGGGGUGGAGGGAGGGCAGGAGGGGAAGGCAUGAGAGGGGGGCUGGAUGAGGAUAGUCUUGUUGAUAGGAUUGUUGCGAGGUUGAGUGAGAGGUUGAGGCCGAUGACUGCUGGUACUGUUGGAUCUCUCUCUACUGAAGUCGAGAGUCCGACGAGUUUGGGGUAUCCGGCUGUUGUGCGUGGUGCUGGUGCUGGGGUGAAUGGGAGUAGGGGGAUGAGGAAUGGGGAUUUGGAUUUGGAGAGUGGAGAUGGGUAUGGGUUGGAGUUGGCGGAGCCGGUUGUUGGGACCGGGGGGAGGUAUUAGGGGAGUUUUAUGGGGAAGGUUUUCUUGGAUGCGGCCUGAUGCUGUGUUGCAUCGUUGAUUUUUGGAUUAUGACAUCUUAUGAGAUGUUUUUGUGUGAUAGCAAUGUUGCGAUGGCUUCAUGGAGGUUAAGAUAUCAAUACCCUCA